GGAGGAAGAACGAGAGUUUGACAAUCUCAGUUCGUGAUCUCACGUCGCUCGAGAAUAUCGUUCAGUGCCUUAUCGUUAUCAUUUUUCCUACGAGCCGACUCGACGAGAUCGUCACUGAAUUACGGACAGUAACCACGAAAAGCCGCAACAAUAAAUUCAAACAUGUUCCUCGAGAGAGUUUGCCUAAUCUCAGUCGUCUUCGCCGUUACUUUCGCGGCUCCGAGGAUAUCCGGGUCGAUACCAUCGUGGCAUCUACCAUGCGGAGAACUCAAUUUGCAAGCUGUCCCUCUGAAAAACCUCGAGGACGAAAUGAAAUCCAGCCUGGAGAAUCUUAGUCUGCAACAUCAGCUGACGAUGAGCGACUACUUGAAUCGAGAUUACGAAUACCUGUACGAGAGAGUUAGGAUCGGCGUAGAUGAUCAUCAGUACAUACCUAACUGGGUACCCGGCAAGAAGGACGUGAAUCUUGUAAGAAAACUGGCCGACAGUGAUACUUCAAUGAUUGUUAACCAUUACCCAAAGUUGCACAUGGAUCUUCAGAAAUUCGCCGUGGCGUUCGAGCAACUGAUCGAGGACGAGCCUAAUUCCCAAAUUCUCAAAGCUCUUAAGGCGACUCAAUCAUACUUAACAAUGAUGUUAUGCGAGGUCGAAAGCAACAUUAUCUCGUUGCCAUCCAUACGACUCCCGACACGCGUGGAACGAAGCAUCAUGAGCCACACCGAACGAAACCCAGUCGAUGAGACGCGGAGGCUCAUCAGGGACUGGGGUGUAGUUCUUAAAUACCGAGACUACUUACAUGCUUGGAGGCACGUAUUCAACUAUUAGAGAAGAGGAAAAGAAGUACCCGACUGUUGUCAGCAGGUCAUCGAUCAUUCUCAUUAGAAGACGACACAAGGAAGAUGCAUCAGACUAGCGGGAAACAUAUGCCGACGUAUAAAUUGAUUUAGCACCUGCCACGACUGUAACCAUAAAACCGCGUCAGUAUCUGCAUAACGGCGCGGUAAACGUUAAAGCUAUUGACAAUAAUCGCUGGUCGGAUGGCGAUUAUUGCAAAAUUUGCGGAGACUAUGAAUGUGCCUUAUGAUCCGUGCUAAUUUCUCAAAAUUAUUUAUUGAAGCAAUUAUUUAUUAUCGCGGCUCACGAUUGAACAUAUAGCGCAUAGUAUUUAUUCUUACGUGUAGCAAAUUAUUUAUUUGGUUUAUUAAUUAUUUAUUUAUUCGGAUCGAUAGUACCUUCAUUAAUUGUACCUUCUGAGAGGUACCCUGUAACCGGUAUCAAUUUCUAAGAUUCUCGGUUGCAUUUUGUGAUAAUCAGUCACGACGAUAAUCGUAUUUGUUGUAUCUUUGUGACAAGUGAUCACUCGUAGAUUAUUUAUGAAAGACAUUAUUUAUAGAAAGAACGAUUUUUAUUUCGCGCAGUAUUAUAUAUUUAUAACUCAAGUAAGAUGUAAUAUAUGUA